UCAUUCUUACGGGGAAAAAAAAAACCCCUCAACGAAAAAAAAAACCCAAAACUCGAGCCAAUGAAAAGGGCUGAUUCAGGUCCAAAUCAUUCGAGCCAGCUGACGACGUCUCUAUUCAACGAAACCGGAAAACGGCCGAGGGACGUCGGCGUGCAGGGUAAUUCCCAGGAUUCGGAAGACCUCGAACACGGUGUUUUGGCAAGAGCUUAUUCUUCGACCAAAGAUAAAAAGAUACAUAAGCGGAUGGACAGAGCCAAGUAUGUGGCAUUGGUGGGAGCUGGAGCUCUCUUGGGCUCUGUGUCUACCGUCUUCGUUCUAAAGCUUCUACAAAAACGCAGUGUACAGCAAUGCGGAAAGAAUACUACUGAAUUAAACGGUAUGGAGAAAUGUACUGCCACUCAUAAGAAGAAUGAUAAGGUGGCUAAGGAAGAUCUUCUAAAUGAUGAGAUUGUUUCUGAACACCUGACUAGGAACAUUCAGUUCUUUGGUUUUGAAUCUCAAAGGAAAGUGACUGCAUCAUAUGUUGUGGUCAUUGGCCUUGGAGGGGUUGGUAGUCAUGCUGCAUCUAUGCUUUUGAGGUCAGGGGUUGGCAAGCUACUUCUAGUGGACUUUGACCAGGUUUCUCUUUCUUCACUAAAUCGACACGCUGUUGCAACAAGAGCAGAUGUUGGCAUCCCAAAAGCUCAGUGCCUCAAGGAGCAUUUCUUAUCUAUUUUCCCGGAGUGCCAAAUAGAUGCAAAAGUUCUGUUAUAUGAUACAUCUACUGAAGAAGAAAUUCUCUCAGGCCAUCCUGAUUUUGUUCUGGACUGUAUUGACAACAUUGAUACAAAGGUGGCCCUUCUUGCUGCAUGUGUACGUAGGGGAUUGAAGGUUCUAUCUGCUAUGGGAGCUGGUGCUCGGGCCGAUCCAACAAGAAUACGCAUUGCUGAUCUAAGAGAAUCCACUAAUGAUCCAUUAUCUCGAGCUGUAAGACACCGCUUGAGGAAAGAUCAUGGCAUUGAAGGUGGUAUUCCUGUUGCCUUUUCUUUAGAGAAACCCAAAGUAAAGUUGCUUCCAUUCAAAGGACCAAGUGGAGAAGAGGAAAACCCUUCAGACUAUCAGAUUGUACCAGGCUUUAGGGUCCGUAUCAUACCUGUGCUGGGCUCCAUCCCGGCAAUAUUUGGACAAGUCAUGGCCUCCUAUGUUGUGACAUGUCUAGCAGGGUUGCAAGUUCAAACAGAACCUGUAGUCAAUUUUGACACGGAUCAUUACCAUACUCUUCAUCAGCGCCUAAUUGAGCAUGAGGAGUCAUUGUAUGGCUCAGCUGUGCAUGUGCAGGUUGAUGUGGAAGAAGUGAUGUAUAUUGCCAAAGAAUUGUGGCACGGCAGAAGUGCUAGAGAGCAGUUUGCGAAAGAUGUUGGACGAGGGAUGUGGCGAUCAGUUAAUGAAUUGAUGCUUGUAAGGUGGGAUCGCACUAAACCAGCCAAUGUUUCAAAUCUAAUUCUUUUAAAAUUCAAAGAGGCGGAUGAGCAUGAGUCACGGACAGUAGAUGAUAUAAAGAAGGAAGAACCAGAAUUCUACAAGAGGGUAACUGGCGUUUUAAGACGAGCUGAAUUUGACUUUGGGUUGUGAUAAACAUUUUGCUUAGGAGGGAAUGAGUGAUUUAUGCGAGACUUCAGCUUAGGGUUUUGUCUGUAAGAAUUGUUUUCUUGACAAGCAAGAAAGAAAAUAAAUUUAAUUAGGUAAGAAAAAUUAUGUAUUAUUUUUCUUUUGAUUGUGCUGAAUUAUGGAGUAUGGGUUUGCCCUUGUGGCUAGUGAGAUCAAUUUUGCUAACGAUCUUACCCUUUGUAAUGUGAAGGUGCUUAGUCAAUACUUGAUAAUUUUAUUUGAAAACUUGCAAUCAAAUUAUUCGGUCA